CUUUUUCUUCCGACCCACCCACCCACCCCUUUUCUUUUCCUUCGCCAUGAUACCAAAGCAAAAGCUAAAUAAAGAAAAUCAACGAUGGAGCCAGCGGUGCUGUGAUGUAAUCUCCCCUCUCUUCAAUUAGGGUUCUCUUCACUUCACAGUUCACACCCCCAACAAACAAGACACUCUCACGCAUUUGUUUGUCGCGGCCCUGACUUGGGCUAGUUCUCUGGGACAGCAAGCAUUGGAAGGUACUGUUUAACCGAUGGUUCGGGGUGGAGCUGAGCGGCUCUUGUCUCUUCCGUAAGCCCCACUUCUUGUUCUGCAGAGGGGGGCGGCACGCACCGUUGACUGAGCUGUGGGGUGGUGGGUUUGGUGCAAAUGCAAGAAACAAUGUGCCCGAUUGCUUGUCCUGCGGAGCGAUGAGCUGGUCAUGGCGUCAGGCAGAGAUGAAAAAGCUUGAGUGCUUGAUGGGUCUGUGAGCAGUUCCUGAAAAUGUCUCGGGCGGUUCAAUUCCAAGCGAAAUUCAAGAGGAAAGAUGGUGCCUUUGGUGCCCAGAUUCCCCUUCCUCCUGUCCUCCUCCUCUCGUCUUCGUCCUCCCCUCCAUUGCCCUACAACGCCGAUUACGAGCCGCCGCCGGCGUCGUCUUCGGGGAGCAAAAUCAGCCCGGCGAUUCUGUUCAUCAUUAUCGUCCUCGCCGUGGUCUUCUUCGUCUCGGGGAUCCUCCACCUGUUGAUCAGGUACCUCGCGAAGCAGAGGCCGGCAUCGGCCUCGGAACCCAACCGGUACAAUGAUAUGUCGGGGUCCGAGGCUUUCCAGCGGCAGCUGCAGCAGCUGUUCCAUCUGCAUGACUCCGGGCUGGAUCAAGCCUUCAUUGAUGCUCUCCCUGUUUUUGUGUAUAAGGAGAUUGUGGGCCUCAAGGAGCCAUUUGACUGCGCUGUCUGCCUCUGUGAGUUCUCUGGGCAGGACAAGCUGAGGUUGCUUCCCGUGUGCAGCCAUGCUUUCCAUAUAGACUGUAUAGACACAUGGCUGCUCUCUAAUUCCACUUGCCCGCUCUGUAGGGGCUCCCUUUACUCCCCGGGGAUCGCGUUUGAAAACCCAGUUUUCGAUUUUGAAGAUAGGGAAGAUGGAGGCGACGAAGAAGCUGGCGUCUCAAGGGACGGAGAGAGUGGGAAUGGGAAUGGCAUCUCUUCCAUUCAAAAGCCGAGGGAAAACAGCAUCCUCAAUCAGAGGAGGGUGUUUUCCGUGAGGCUUGGCAAGUUUAAGAGCUCGAAUUUGAGCCGAAUCGACUGCGGAACUGGGGGAGGAGGAGGGGAGACGAGUUGUUGCAGUAGCAGUACUAGCAGUAGCAACUUAGAUGCAAGGAGGUGCUUCUCGAUGGGGUCCUACCAAUACGUGGUGAGCGACUUGGAGCUGCAAGUGGCCCUGUGCCCGAAUGGAGGUAGCAACAAUGGCAGCGGCAGCACGAGGAGUUUCAAGGGGAGAGGGAGGCAAAACGAGAAAUCCAUCGCCGACGCUGAGGGAAAAAGGAUCAGCUUUGCAAGUAAAGGCGAGAGCUUUUCCAUAUCAAAGAUCUGGCUUUGGUCCAAGAAUAAGAACCAAACUGCAGUCCCGAAUUCUUCAGGGACGCAACGAGCUAGCGAUGUUUCUGUUCAUCUGGGGUUCCAUUUGAAAGAUAGAACUCAGAAUCAGAUUACAUGAAAAGCCAUUAAUAUCUAUGCUUAUUAGUCUUUACACUAAUAUUUGUCUUGCUGAGCUUUUGUUUUUGCCAUUGCCGGCUAACAGUGAACAGUAUUAUAUGGAAUGGCAGUGUAAAAAGAAUUUCAUGGGAGGGAGUUAAACUCAAGAACGAGAAUUUGCCUUUUGUUGCUGAAGUUUUGGGUUUUGCAUUUGGUCUUUUCCCCACAGUCGUCUGUGUAAACAGAUCAAAGUGCUAUCAAUUAUUGAGUCUUGGAAGAAA